AUGAUUGACCGCCACUUAGGGCUAUGCUACAACCGUCCGCUAGCGAUGCUAGACAACGAAUGUGAGGAUCUCUACCAACCAGUCCCAGACACACUCUGGCAAGCCGGAGAAUUUUACACCGGUAACUCAGGCCCCAAGAGGAGAGGCCUCUCCUUCCAAUGCACUUCACACGAUGUCUUCGGGUUCUUCCUCCCGCUCAUGACCAUCCUCGGCGACAUCGUCGACAUGAACGCACAAAAGAACCACCCGCGCUUCGGCCAGCGCACAUCCUGGGAGUCAUUCGAGUCGGAAAUCACGCACCAACUCGAGCGGUAUGCAUACAGCCUCCAGGAAUUCAAGACGCAGCACGGCUGCGGUGCACCCGGCGACGACGCCGCGGAUCCCAUUCGUGGAGAAUGUGCCCACCAAACAAGGAAGGUCGUCGCGUAUGCAACGCACAUCAUGCAUGUGCUGCACAUCUUGCUGCACGGAAAAUGGGACCCCGUCGCGCUGUUGGAGGACGACAACAUGUGGAUCUGCUCGCAGUCGUUCCUGUCCGCGACGUCGAGCGCCAUCUCCGCGGCGCAUGCCGUGGAGGAGAUCCUCGAGCUGGACCCGGAUCUGUCCUUCAUGCCGUACUUCUUCGGCAUGUACCUGUUGCAGGGGAGUUUGAUUCUCCUUCUGCUUGCAGACAAGCUGUCGACCGAGACAAACGAUGGCGUCAUUCGAGCAUGCGAAACGAUUGUGCGCGCCCACGAGGCAGCUGUCGUCACACUCAACACAGAAUACCAGCGAAAUUUCCGCAAAGUCAUGAUUUCAACACUAGCCCAAAUAAAAGGCCACAGCCACUCGCGGGAAAUGUCCCCCGCAAAACGCCGCGAAGUCCUCUCCUUAUACCGCUGGACGAGUCUGGGUAACGGUCUCGCGAUAUAA